AUGAUACUUGGUAGAAGUAGUAAAAGGUUGUUGACAACAAUCAAUUUAAAUAAUGGAAAUAUCAUCAACAAUCAACGGUUAAGCAAUGUAGCUGCUGUUGCUGGUCAAAGAUUCAUCACUACUAGCAAUAAUAGACAUUCAUCUCAGUCAUCAUCAUUGCCAUUAUCAUUAUUCUCAAAUAAUAGAUCAAACAACAACAAUAGUUUGAUUACAUUCUCAUCACCAACUUUAAAACCAUCUUCAUCUUCUUUAUUUACAAAUAAAAGAUUCUAUACAACAUCUGAACAAAAACAAGAUGAAAAGAAACAAGAAGAACAACAACAACAAGAAGAAGAAGAAACAGUUAAACAAGAUGAUAUUGGAAAAAAAAGAGUUGCAAGAUGGUUACUGUUUAGUGCUGGUUUGGUAGGUGCUAUGGUUGUUGUUGGUGGUAUCACUCGUUUGACAGAAUCUGGGUUAUCAAUGGUUGAAUGGAAACCAAUUGUAGGCGCCGUACCACCAAUCACUCAAGAACAAUGGGAACAAGAGUUUGAAAAAUAUAAACAAUUCCCAGAGUAUCAAAAAUUAAAUAAAGGAAUGACAUUGGAAGAAUUUAAACAAAUCUUUUUCUGGGAAUAUAGUCAUAGAUUGAUGGGAAGAAUGAUUGGAGUAGCAUUCUUUUUCCCAUUUGUUCAUUACUGGCGUAAAGGUUAUAUCGAUAGAUCGUUGGCCAAGAAAUUGAGUGCCAUCUUUUUGUUGGGUGGUGCUCAGGGUGCGUUGGGCUGGUACAUGGUCAAGAGUGGAUUGGAUGAAAAGUUGAUUAUUGGAGAGGUGCCACGUGUCAGUCAGUACCGUUUGGCUGCUCAUCUGGGAUCUGCUUUUGUCAUUUACAGUGCGUUGCUUUGGAUUGGUCUCGAUUUGGCGUCACCUGCCAAACUGACUGAAUCUGCUCGUCAACGUCUCUCACAAUACAGUCAUCAAUUGACUGCUCUUCGUCGAUUCACUCCGAUCACUGCCAGUCUUAUUUUUGUCACGGCCAUGUCUGGUGCAUUUGUUGCUGGUUUGGAUGCCGGUCUCGUUCACAAUACCUUCCCCACCAUGAACAAUGGUCAAUGGAUUCCAGAUGAUUUGAUCGAUCCCAAGAUCCAACCAAAGUGGCUCAACAUGUUUGAACACGACGUUAUGGCCCAGUUUGACCAUCGUCUACUCGCUACCACCACCUAUGUCAGUGUCCUCACUCUCGCCGCCCUCGCAUCGCGUGGUCGUGGCGGUCUUACCCGUCGCGCCCGUCUCGCCUUUAAUUCACUCGCUGUCAUGGCCACCGUCCAAGUUGGUCUAGGUAUUGCUACCCUUCUCACCUUUGUACCAGUCUCUCUAGGUGCCAGUCAUCAAGCUGGUUCCCUCUCCCUCUUAUCCAUUGCCAUUUGGUGUGUUCAUGAAAUGAAAAAGUUACCAAAAUAA